AUGAGUACAAAAUCAAAGAUGAGCAAGGAAGUGUACGACGCAGUACUACUCAUAGCAGGAGCAGUUGGUAUAUCAAUGACAUCGAAGAAGAUAUUGAAAGAACCCUUAGGUACCCCAGAGAAUGUGAAAGGAAUGUUGAAGUUAGCUGUUUCAGUUAGUCUUUCAUCUCUACUGGUCUCCUACCUGAAAGAAAAGAAGUACCUACCUGAUGAUCCAUUCAAAACCUAGGUAGAAUUAUACAAUGGCUGGAGCAGUGGCAGGAGGACUCUUCAAUGCAUUUGCUUUUUCAGGAGCAGGAUACCAAUUCAAGAUGUUUGAUAAGAACGGAUACGCUGAAGAAGCAAAGAUACAUAACAUGGCAAUGGAGGCCCUCACAGCCGAAAGAGAGAAGUACCUUGAAGAGGUAACUGAUAGGAAAAACAAAAUAGCUUAACUAAGGGAAGAACUAGCUGAAGCAAAUAGUGAUAUCAAGUCAACAAACCAAUCACUGGAGCUAGUUAGGAGAAUCGGUGAGCUAACCAGGAAACCAACCCCUAAGAAGCCGCAACUAAGCAACCACUACAAACCUAGCACUGAGAUGGAAGAAUACAUGGCACUCUUUGGGUUACUUGUAGGUGGAGCGGUGGGAGGGGCAGCCUACUUAAUGCUAUGAUAAAUUAACAGUAUUUUUUACAGCUCUAUUAGUAUAGGGGAAUGGAGUGGUUAUGUGAGGCAACACCGGAGGAAAUAGUAAAGGUAAGCAAGAAGACAAAUACAAUGAAAGAACUUGAGACAAUAGAGAGGAGAAACCCGUACGAUCCUAUAUGUAGUGAGUGUGGAAGUAAAUCCAUUAUAAUACAAGAUGGGGCCGACACAUGCACAAAUUGUUGAGUAUGUGAGAUGAACAACUUUUCAUACUAUGUUAGCUACAAUCACAACAAGGACGACUAUCUCAAGAAAAAGACUUCACACAGUAGGGUGCGAUGGUUUGAGAGACAACUAUUAAAACAUGUACCUAACCAACACAGACUCGUACUAAGGAAUCAGUUUCAGAAGGUAGUUAGAUCAGGUUAGCAAGUAUGAAUGGAAUAGAAUUGAGGGACCUCCUGAGGACACCAGCACAGAAAGAAUAGUUAACGAACUAGAGGACCGUCUGUACGGAAAAGUCUUUGUUGAUCUGGGAUGGAAGCCCAAAGGAUGUCAAUACUACGAUAGAUGGAUGGAGCGCACUGGAGGGGUCGUUAAUUAAAUAAACCUUAAUAUUAAUAUAAUUAAAUAAAUCUUACUAUUAAUAUUAAUAUAAUUAAACAUUACUAUAAUUAAAUAAACCUUAAUAUUAAUAUAAUUAAAUAUAAAUUAAUUCCAAAUUAAUUAAUCGGAAAAUACCCAAAUUUUUUUCGUACAUAUAGUACAGGAGAGCGAACGAAAAAAUGGAUUCAACAAAGUCAGAGAUUAGCAUGGAAGAGUUGUUAGCACUUGGUAGUUACUUCAGUGGAAACAUCCCAGAGGACAGCGCCGAGUUCGAGCAGGAAGUGAUGGAUUUCAUAGAGGACCCCCAGCAUAUAAGGUCUAGGACUGACGAGAAUUACAUAGUAACAAGACCACGUAAGAAGUUCGUGAGUAGUGCCACCCAGAAGAAAAGAGGGACAGCACCACAGUGGAAGUACUCAGAGCGCCAAAGGGAAGCAGCCGAGUUGAUAGCCCUAGCUCAUGACAGACUGAGAGGAACACCUGGAGUGCCGGAGUUCUCAGGUGGUACAGCGAAGACAGACUCAGAGAUCAUACAGAGGGCAGUAGAAAAGAUAAAGGCUGAGCGGUCCCCAGUGGUACCGAAGAAGAGAGGCAGACCUCCAAAGGCCAAGGUAGAGGGAGAACCCAAUAUACCAAAGAAGAGAGGCAGACCUCCAAAGGCCAAGGUAGAGCGAGAACCCAGGAUACCGAAGAAAAGAGGCAGACCACCAAAGGCAGAGACCAUCACCAAAAGACAAUGA